AUGACGACCACGGAGACGCACAACCUCGCAGAACAGUGCGACUGGUUCAGCGAGGGGAACCGAACGGAGCCGCGCGUAACCGGGCGGCUGGACGCUGCCAGCUGCCUUUUUCUAUCCAUAGUGCCCAAUGAACAGGCAGUCCCGGCGCUCAUAUGCGUUUCUGUGCUGCUGACUCUCUUCUCACUUCUGAUUAACGGGCUCAUCCUGUUCGGGCUCGGAUGGUCCGAGGACCUCUCCUGGGAACCGCGUAGUGCUUUUCUUAAGAAUCUGAUUUUGAGCGACCUCGUGCAGACCGUCACCUUCGGCCCCGCGGUUAUCCGCUCAUUGGUCCAACGCCGGACGAUGGAGUUCAGCGCCUGGUGUUACAUCCAGUACUUUGCGGGGACUACCAGCAUUUUCGUCAGUCUUGUCACCAUCACCUGUAUGGCGCUGGAGCGGUACUUGUACGUGUGCCACGCCAUCCACUAUCUGGUCGUUCUCACUCAGGUGCGUCUGCGGCUAAGCCUGAGCUUCAUUUGGGUCUACUCCAUCUCCAUCGGUAUCGUCAACAUGGUGUUGUUGCACACGGGCGCAGGGCAAAAGAAUGACCAGGUCACCAGGGGGCUACUGUGCGAGCCGGACAUGGUGGAGCAGCACAUGGGCUACCCCCGUGCCGCAGCUGUUUUUCGCAAACUCGCAGGCUCAUGUACCCUGCUGCUGUGCCUGCUGGUCCAUGCCUUCUCUUACCUGAGGAUGUACCGGGAUGCGUGCAACGCAGUGGUACCGUUCAACGCGGACAACGUCACAGCGCGCAAAACUGUGCUGUUUUACUGCGGCAUGCUGUUCCUGCAGCUGCUGCCGCUGCUGCUUAAAGUCGCGUCGGACGCGCUGUGGGAGGUUGGCGGGACCGUGGCUAUGAUGGCACGCUCCUCUCAGUUUCAGGGCGUGACGAAGCCUGCUCCCUCUGUCACGGCGGUCGUGCUCCACGUGUCCCUGCUGGUGAUGCUCAUUGUCCCGCCGUGCAUUAACCCGCUGGUGUACGGGCUGAGGAACGCGGACACGAGGCGGGCGCUGCGCAGCCUGCUCCGGUGGUUGUGGGACGCGGGUGUGCGCGGAGUGGAGUGGAUGCGAGUCAGAGACGUUAUGCAUCGAAACCCGGCUCAGGAGGCGUAG